AUGAAUACUUUGAAACAUGCAAUUAAUACUAUAAUUAUCAGAGAAGGAUAUGAUUAUAAUGGUUUUAAUCAGCUAUUGACUUGUUCAACAAAAUCUGAAAUUUUCCAAAGAGGGCCCUCUCAUUGUGAGGUUCUCUUUGCACUCUUCCAAAGGAGACCCCCUCACCAUGCAUGCAUGCAGGGGUCAGAAGAAAAAACAAGGGAAAAACGAAAAACUAGCAGAAGCAAUGACCCGAAAGAAAUCACAAUCACAUUCCUUGGUUUUGAAUACGCCUUGAGCCAAAUUUUGAGCAGAGUAAUGGCCAUAGCUCCGGCAACAAUUCUCCGGCCAACUCUCAUGAUCAUCGUCACUUUGCCUGUGAUAUAUUCCAUGACAGAAGCUGAAGCUUUGGUAAGUCUCAAAAGCACUUUCACCAAUGCUCAACUUUUAAAUGGUUGGGUGGCUGGUUCUGCACCUUGUAGUGUAGACGAUCAAUGGGAAGGUGUUGUUUGCAACAAUGGCCUUGUCACGGGGCUUCGCCUUGGAGGAAUAGGGUUAGUCGGGGAAAUACACGUUGAUCCAUUGCUUGAACUCAAGGGUCUUCGAACUAUUAGCCUUAACAACAACUCUUUCACAGGUUCCAUGCCAGAGUUCAACCGAAUAGGCUUUUUGAAAGCCUUGUAUUUGCAAGGAAACAAGUUUUCUGGGGAUAUUCCUCAGGAAUACUUCCAGAGAAUGAGGUCUUUGAAGAAAGUGUGGCUUUCUGAUAACCAAUUCACGGGGAAUAUUCCACAUUCAUUGACUGAGAUUUCUAGUCUUAUGGAGUUGCACCUUGAAAAUAACCAGUUUAGUGGAACCAUUCCGGAUUUCAAAAACCCAACAUUGGAGGACAUAAAUGUUUCCAACAACAAAUUGGAAGGUGAAGUUCCAGCUAGUUUGUUGAGAUUCAGUGAGAACAGGUUUUCUGGGAAUUCUGCUCUUUGUGGUGAGAAGAUUGGCAAAACAUGUGAAAAGCCAGCGGAGGUCCCAAGUCCUGCUCCCAUUGAUGCAUCGGAUGCUGGUGGUGAUUCGCCUGUGCCACAUAGUAGUACCCCAUGGGAGGUUGCUGCCAUUAUAGUAGUGAGUGUAGUGCUUGUUUCAAUAGUUGUAUUUUUCAUUGUGAGAACAAGAAAAAAGAAGGAGGAGGAGCGCUUUGAUAUCCUUGGAAAUGAUGCUAAUGGUGGUGGUUCAGUGGAAGUUCAAGUGGCUACAACGGUGAAAAGGGAUGUGGAUGCAAAUACAUUGCCAGCAGUUAAAAAAUCAUCGUCCAGAAGAGGAUCUGCAGCUUCUCAAAGUAAAGGCGUUGGAGAACUUGUGAUAGUGAAUGAUGAGAAGGGCGUGUUUGGAUUGCCAGAUUUGAUGAGGGCAGCAGCAGAAGUUCUGGGAAACGGUAGCUUUGGAUCUUCUUACAAAGCCGUCAUGGCUAAUGGAGUGGCAGUGGUGGUGAAAAGGACCAGAGAGAUGAAUGUUUUGGAAAAAGAUGGUUUUGAUGCAGAGAUGAGGAAGCUCACUUCGCUUAAACACUGGAAUAUAUUGACCCCUUUAGCUUAUCAUUUCAGAAAGGAUGAGAAACUAGUGAUCUCUGAGUAUGUUCCCAAAGGCAGUCUACUGUUUUCACUUCAUGGUAAGGCUUCUUCUUCCAAACUGGAUUGGCCUGCACGUAUGAAGGUUGUAGGUGGAAUUGCGGAAGGGAUGAAUUAUCUUCACAAAGAACUUGGUUCCUCAGAUCUCCCACAUGGGAAUCUCAAGUCCAGCAACGUUCUUCUGGGACCAGACAAUGAACCACUGCUUGUAGAUUACGGAUUCAGCGGCAUGGUUAACCCUGCAAGUGCUGCACAGACACUAUUUGCUUACAAGGCACCAGAGGCAGCAGAAAACGGGGAAAUUUCACAUAGCUGUGAUGUUUACUGUCUCGGGGUUGUGAUACUUGAGAUACUCACUGGGAAAUUUCCUUCACAAUAUCUUAGCACUGGGAAAGGUGGAACCGAUGUGGUGCAAUGGGUUGAAACAGCAAUCUCAGAGGACAGGGUGGCUGAAGUGGUUGAUCCAGAAAUUGCAAACUCUAGAAAAUCGGUAGGUGAGAUGGAGCAACUCCUGCACAUCGGUGCUGCUUGCACGAGAAGCAACCCUCUGCAACGGUUAGGCAUGGAGGAAGCCUUUAGAAGGAUAGAUCAGGUAAGAUCCGAGAGUGGCCUUGUCAAAGAAUCAAGAACGAUAGAGGUGUUGCCAUCUUUGGUAGAUGACUAUGAAGAUGCACAAGAAUUUGAGAGCCAAGGGCAUUUUGACAACUCACACAGGAGACAUGGAACAGAUAGCUUCGGAAGUGUGGAUAAUAUUGAACUUGGCAGCUCCUAG